AAUCUUGAAAUUGGAUUAAAAAUUGUCCAUUCCUCAAAAAUCCAAGAAAAUUGGUUCAUUCAAUGCUAAAAGCAAUACAAAAUCUGGGUUUAUCAUCGACAUCGUCAUCAACAUCGGGAGGUUUGGUGGGUCAUCGAUGGAAGAAACCUCAAUAUGUCACUAACAGUUUAAUCUCCACUAACACAUUAUCCUAUACAAAAGGACCCACUUCCCCAAUUACAAUAACUAAACCUAAUCAUGUCUUCUUCUCCCCUUUAUUCCUUCCUAAAUCGUCUACUUCUGUGACGUCAAUUCGUGCUCAAUCGACUCGCUGCGAGUCCAAGAUGGAUCUUCCUUCUCCUUCUUCUUCCUCAACUGCUGCUGUUAAAUCAGCUCAUGUUCGGAGUAUUAGUUUUUGUCAAUGGUGUGGUGGUGCAAUGAAGCAUGAGAUACCUGAAGGAGACGAAAAGUUGAGAGCUAUUUGCACACUUUGUGGGAAAGUUGCCUACCAAAAUCCUAAAAUGGUUGUUGGAUGCCUGAUUGAGCAUGAUAACAAGUUGCUACUAUGCAAGAGAAAUAUCCAACCAUCAUAUGGCCUUUGGACCCUUCCUGCUGGUUACUUGGAGAUGGGCGAGUCAACUGCUGAAGGGGCAAUGAGAGAAACCUGGGAGGAAGCGGGUGCGGAAGUUGACGUGCUAUCACCUUUUGCUCAUUUGGACAUCCCUCUUAUCGGCCAAACGUACAUAAUUUUCUUGGCGAAGCUAAAGAAGCCCCACUUUUCACCAGGUCCAGAGUCAUUGGAGUGCCGGCUGUUUUCAAUUGAUGAAAUACCUUACGAUUCUCUGGCCUUUUCAUCCAUGUUGGUUACCUUGAAAUUGUAUGCUGAAGAUGUUAAAGCUGGAAGCCUAAAGUUUCACUAUGGCAUCAUUAACAAAAGGCCCGGCACCAGCCCUUCUGAUAUCUGCUCCUUUACUCUUGAUUAUCAUCAUCAGUGCUGACUGACUGCUGAAAAUGGCGAUCUAUUAGGCCUUUUCUUGUGAACUAAUUGACAGAGAAAGCAUGAUCUUAAUUCUUUCAUUUUUCAUCCCACUCGGGAGGUGGCGAUCGAUGAAGCAACCAUUGAUGUUCUGAGGGUAUAUCAAUGAGCGAGGGAGCAAAUGUAUUGUAUAAAUGACAGAACUACGGGAAAUUAUCAUUCCCUGAAAGCUGAUUCAUUUGUAAUGGGCGGACUUUUUUAGUUUUAUACUCCAGCCAAACUGUACAGUUAGUGUAAGUUCAUCCUGUGCAUUGAAACGAAAUUCUGUCACCAUUGAAUUACAAUUGCUAGUUUUCAUGGUUUUGUGUUUUGAAUCCUUAUGUUAAUAUCUUUUUUUGGCAAAACUUA